AUGAAGAACGGAGCCAUGAAAUCAUACGGUCUAUGUGAGAGGACCUCACAGGACUGCACCAUAAUAAACCUCACUCUAGUCAUCACCCCACGAAUCAUUGAUCACGAUAAUUUCCUGGUAAUGCCACCAUCUAUCUUCAUGGUUGAUAUUGAUUGCCUUGAAAAGGCUUCGAUUCAAUUGCUGAAAUAUUUAGUUCAUGAUAAUUCCCUACAUGCUGCAGGCAAUUAUUAUUCUUUGGUAAUUCUUAAAAGAACUGUAAUACUUCCUUGUCCCUUUGGCUAUCAAUUGGGUGCUCAAUAUGAAUUCUUGGCCGAGAUAGGCUUAGAGAAGUUGUUGGAGAGGUGGAUUUUGUUCACAUUUACAGGGAAACUAACUCUUUUACUGGUUCCUUUGACGAAAAAGGGUGUUGUUGUUGUUUCCUCUUGCUGCAUCUCUGCGACAGAAAAAGAACACAACCUCAAGAUUUACAAGCCCGGAUUCACCACUAACGGUGCCACAAGAAACUCGCAUAUGAGAUUUAUGUCGCAUCUGCGCGGAAUAUCAACACCUACUGAUCCCGAGCAAUAUCUUCUGGUGGAACUCUCAAAUGGGUACCAAACCGUCACAUUAGCUUUGAAUAUCAGUAAUGUGUAUAUCUUGGGCUAUCAACCAGGUGGAAGUGGAAGCUCCUACUUCUUUAGAGAUGUUCCCAUUGAUGCACGUAGUGUUUUUCUCCCAAACACUCAGAGAGAGUCUCUUCCAUUUACUGGCAUAUGUAGGGCACUUGAAGAUGCUGCAGGAGUGGGUGAUAGAAGGGAAAUCCCUCUGGGAAUUGACGAACUACGCCAACAUAUUGAGAACAUGAAUUAUCUCCAACCCAGUUCCUCUAGACGCCCCAUCGCUAGAGCCCUUAUAAUUUGUAUCCAGAUGGUUUCAGAAGCUGUGCGAUUCAGAAACAUCCAGCAAGAAAUACUUGCAGUUGCAGAGCCUCGUGCAGAUGGAAUUUAUGGAAUUUUUUAUCCAGAUGGUUUACUGAUGGAGUAUGAAACUAACUGGGAGCACAUCUCCUCUGACAUCCAAUCUGCAACAGAUGGAAUCUUCACAAGAGCAGGCCGUUUAGUAUAUGAGGGUCAAGAAUUGGUUUUGAGCACCUUGAGUCAAGUGCGUUUCAUUAUUGCAAUAAUGCCAUUAAUAUGCAGAAACACAGGAGCUAAUCUGGAGCUUUUGCGCAUGCCAGCAUCAAUAUCAUCAUAUGAGUUUUCUUCUUUGUUGCCUAUGGCUAUGAGAUCCAUUGGCCUGGAAGACAAAGGUGACACUUGUGAAAAAGCAUUAGCACCAACCUUGCAUAUUACUGGACAAAAUGGUCUCUGUGUUGAUGUAUACCAGGGAAGCUACCACAAUGGAAACAAAAUAAUCUUAUGGGAAUGUGGACAAAAUCAGGCCAAUCAAUUAUGGACGUUGAGAACAGAUGAUAACACAAUUCGAUCUGGUGGCAAAUGCUUAACCACUUAUGGAUAUAGCUCCGGAAACUAUGUGAUGAUCUAUGAUUGUGACACCGCUGUGUCUGAUGCCACCAAAUGAAACAUCUUGAGCGACGGAAGCAUAAGAAAUCCCAGAUCUGGGCUAGUCUUGACGGAAAGUAAGGAUAGCUCAGGCAUGAUUAAUCUGGUUUUAGAUAACAACUUUUAUGGUUCUAGGCAAGCUUGGUAUGCCAGUAAUAAUACGAAGCCAUCAGUGACCACCAUUAUUGGUUAAAAUGGUCUGUGCUUGCUCGCAAGUGGAAGUCGGGUGUGGUUGGAAAAAUGUGUGAGCAACGAUGCCGAACAACAGUGAGCAGUAUAUCCAGACGGAACCAUCAGGCCUCAGAAGAAUCGUGAUGGUUGUCUCAAGUAUGCAAAUGCAGAUGGGGACUUAGUUACCGUGGGAACAUGCGAUGGAUGGAUUGAGGAAAGGUGGCGAUUUGAGAGUGAUGGUACCAUUUUGCAUGUGGUGACUGAACAGGUGAUGGAUGUGAAAGAUACUAGUGCCAACCUUAAUGAGAUUACGGUUCAUGAUUACAGCGAUGAACGAGCAAGCCAAAUUUGGUUUCAGGUGUAGCUGUGAAAGUGGAAGCACUACUAAGAUAUGCAUAAGCAUGCACUAGUAUCCUUUGUUGUAUUGACAUUUAAGGGCAUUAGGCUUUUAGUAGCAUUCUUUUUCAUAUUUAGCGGCGUUCGUCAAAAUACUACUAA